UUUUGCUAGGGCUGCCAAAACAAAGUACCACAGCCAAGAUGUCUUAAACAACAGGAAUUUAUUUUUCCACAGUUCUGGAGGCUAGAAUUCCGAGAUCAAGAUGUCAGCAGGGUUGGCUUUUUCCGAGGCCUUUUUCUCUCUUUGGUUUAUCAGUGGCUGUCUUCAUGUUCACGUGAUGUUUUCCCUCUGUGUGCAUCUAUAUCUUAAUCUUCUCUUUAUAAGGACCCUAAUCAUAAUUGGAUUAGGGCCUUACCCCAGUAUCCUCACUUUAAAAAUACCCUGUCUGGGGGCGCCUGGGUGGCUCAGUCGGUUAAGCGGCCGGCUUCGCCCAGGUCAUGAUCUUGCGGUCCGUGAGUUCGAGCCCCGCGUCGGGCUCUGUGCUGACAGCUCAGAGCCUGGAGCCUGUUUCAGAUUCUGUGUCUCCCUCUCUCUGACCCUCCCCUGUUCAUGCUUUGUCUCUCUCUGUCUCAAAAAUAAAUAAACGCUAAAAAAAAAAAAAUACCCUGUCUGGGGGUGCCUGGGUGGUUCAGUCGGUUAAGCAUCUGAGUUCAGCUCAGGUCAUGACCUUGUAGUCCUUAUGUUCAAGCCCCCCAUUGGGCUCUGUGCUGACAGCUCAGAGCCUAGAACCUGCCUCAGACUCUGUGUCUCCCUCUCUGUUUGCCCCUACCCUGCUCACACUCUGUCUCUCUCUCUCAAGAAAAAAAUAAACAUUAAAAAAAUAAAAAGACCUUGUCCGCCGGAACUUCAAAAUAUGAGUUGUAGGCAGGGUACAAUUCAGGACAUAACAGUGUGUGUGCCUGUUUUGUAUCAUUGCUCGUCCCUUGGUUCCAAAAGUUUAGAGAGUACACUGUAACAUUAGCCACUUAUUUCCUAAGAAAUGGGAGGUAUAACUUCAGGGACCUAUUCACUUUGAGAGAAUUCCUUGACUAAGAAAACCCAAAGGCUGUCUAAGACAGUCAGGUGCUAGAAAAGGUUAUUUGUAUUCUGGAUUUCUUAAUCCAGUCUCUGCAAGUAAGGGAGUGCAUGAUGAAAACAAACCCUUUGCCUGUUGGUCCCUAAAUGAGAGCCCAGCAUUCCUUUGGUUGCUGAUUCCAGAUAUGCUUCUGUGGUUGUUCCUUCUUCCAAUCUAACCUCCCGUGCCUGCCUUCUCCGAUGAAGUCACAAGCAAAUAUUUGUGAUGGUUUCUUGUCACCAUGGUGACUAAAGAAGCACAUCUUGGUUCUCCUUCCAGCUUUGUUGUCAGCUUUGCUCGAAGGAAGGGACAGCCCCCUGGGAGAGCCCAGGCUCAGAGUCAUGAAAAACCAUGUGUCAGAGACCAUGGCGAGCCCAGGGAAAGACAAUUAUCGAAUGAAGAGCUAUAAGAACAAUGCCCUAAACCCUGAGGAAAUGAGACGAAGAAGAGAGGAAGAGGGCAUUCAGCUCCGGAAGCAGAAACGGGAACAACAACUUUUUAAACGGAGAAAUGUGGAGCUGAUUAAUGAAGAAGCCGCCAUGUUUGACAAUCUCCUCAUGGACUCCUAUGUGAGCUCUACCACUGGGGAGAGCGUGAUCACACGAGAGAUGGUGGAGAUGCUCUUUUCUGAUGAUUCUGACCUACAGUUAGCAACCACACAGAAAUUCCGGAAACUGCUCUCCAAAGAGCCUAGUCCUCCAAUAGAUGAAGUUAUCAACACUCCAGGAGUGGUGGAUCGGUUUGUAGAGUUUCUGAAGAGGAAUGAGAAUUGUACAUUACAGUUUGAAGCUGCCUGGGCUCUAACGAACAUUGCCUCUGGAACCUCUCAGCAGACCAAGAUUGUCAUUGAAGCAGGGGCCGUCCCCAUUUUUAUAGAGCUGCUUAACUCAGACUUUGAGGAUGUACAGGAACAGGCAGUCUGGGCACUGGGAAACAUAGCUGGAGACAGCUCCGUUUGCCGAGAUUACGUCUUGAACUGUUCCAUCCUUAAUCCUUUGUUAACACUCCUUACGAAGUCCACAAGACUGACAAUGACACGGAAUGCAGUAUGGGCCCUGUCAAACCUCUGCCGAGGAAAGAACCCACCCCCCGAGUUUGCAAAGGUCUCCCCUUGUUUGCCUGUGCUGUCUCGCCUACUCUUCAGCAGUGACUCAGACUUGCUGGCAGAUGCUUGCUGGGCCCUUUCUUAUCUGUCCGAUGGCCCCAAUGAAAAGAUCCAGGCGGUCAUAGACUCUGGAGUCUGCCGAAGAUUGGUAGAGCUUCUAAUGCACAAUGAUUACAAAGUGGCCUCUCCUGCCCUGAGAGCAGUUGGUAACAUCGUCACUGGAGAUGACAUCCAAACCCAGGUCAUUCUUAACUGUUCAGCCCUCCCUUGCCUCCUCCACUUGCUGAGCAGCCCCAAGGAGUCAAUCCGGAAGGAAGCUUGCUGGACCAUUUCAAAUAUCACUGCUGGCAACAGGGCUCAAAUACAGGCUGUCAUAGAUGCAAAUAUCUUCCCUGUGUUGAUCGAAAUCCUUCAGAAAGCAGAGUUCCGUACAAGGAAAGAGGCAGCCUGGGCCAUCACCAAUGCCACAUCAGGAGGAACCCCUGAGCAGAUCAGGUACCUGGUCUCACUGGGCUGCAUCAAACCCCUGUGUGACUUGCUGACUGUGAUGGAUUCGAAGAUUGUGCAGGUGGCCCUCAAUGGGCUGGAGAACAUCCUUCGGCUUGGAGAGCAAGAGGGCAAGCGCAGUGGCUCAGGGGUCAACCCCUACUGUGGCCUCAUCGAGGAAGCCUAUGGCUUGGAUAAAAUUGAGUUUCUCCAGAGCCAUGAGAACCAGGAGAUCUACCAGAAGGCCUUCGACCUCAUUGAGCACUACUUUGGUGUAGAAGAUGAUGACAGCAGCCUGGCCCCCCAGGUGGAUGAGACACAACAGCAGUUCAUCUUCCAGCAGCCUGAGGCCCCCAUGGAGGGCUUCCAGCUAUAAUGUCUGCCUCCGGGGAGGGGAGGGGAUGGGAAGCACCACCAACCAGCGGAAAAGCAGCCCUCUGGUGGGCGGGAAACCAGCCCCCCCAUCAUCAGCCACCAUACACCUCUGCUGCCCUGGAAACUGUGCUCUUGACCUGCUCCGCCCCCUUCCCUGGAGGGAGCACCCUCUGGACAGACAGAACCAUCUGAGGCUCACAUUUGGGUUUUGUGACAAGAAGGGGACGUGUUGGGUUUUCUUCCUUACACUAUAUUUUGGCUGCACAUAUGUCUUUAACCCAGGAGCCCCAGGGGUAGACAAAGGAGGACUGAGGUAAUCAAUUUUGCACCUUUUUUUAAUUUUAUUUUUUCUUUAGUGGUGACUUCCUUCCCUUUUAUCUUCCUUCAUCCUUCCCAGUUCUCUGCCCUGAUCUGUGUAACUCUUAUCUUGGGUACUUGAGCAGAUGGAAUGUUCCAGAGGUGGGGGGUGGGAGGGGAGGGGAGAAAUCCAAAACAAAGUGUUCUUGCUCUGACAGAAUAUUAAUCUUGUAUGCUUGGAUUGAGUUAUUUAAUUUUUUUUUUCUUUUGCACAUUUUUCUUGUAUUAAGAUUGCUCUUUCCAAGAGCCAUGAGUUCCUGGUUUUAGGAAUCCCAGCUGCCAGCAUGGUCUGGGACUAGAGGCUGAGGGGGAGGUCACCAUGAGACAAAGGCCCCUUCCUCCCUCUAACCCCUUUCCAGACCUCUUUAGUUUGGGAGAUCUCCUUCCCUCUCCAGGGGCAAGUACACCAGUGGGAGGGGAGGGGAGGAGCACAGGCCUUCAGAUGGGGCUUCCCAUGUGUCGCUACUGAUCCCAUGUUUCCUACCCACCUUCCUAUGGUGCGACCCAACUUCAUUUGUUUACUUGAAAAAUUCCCCUCGGAGUUGAAUGAACCUCUGAGGUAGCUGUAUUUUCUCCUAAGCACGAGACAGGGGGCUGUGGGUCUUCCUCUCUCCUGAGGAGAAAGUCCUUGCUCUGGUGACCCAUAAGUUGCAGAGGAGGCUGGAGUGAGAGCGUCAUGUAUUGGGAAAGCCAGGGAUCCCUGCCUUUGGCCUUUCUUCUUCCUCUUCCUCUUCCUCUUCCUCUUCCAUAGUUGGAUCAUGUAUAUUUUACUUCCAAAGGAGAGAAUGUCAAAAAGUUCUGUAUUUUUUUAUAUUCUAUAUAUUAGGUAGGUCAAUCUUAAUUGGUCUCAAGAGGAAGAACUGUCUGUAAUUUCUAGAAGUAGGAUACUGUGAGGAAGACCAAAAAGAGAUGGGGAAGCUCCUUUGCUCAGGGAGCCUGAGCUUGGUCCUUUUCCUCUCUGCUUAGGUUCUGGGCCACCAACCUGGGACCAACCCUUAGCGCUGGAACCUUUCCAUAGCAGGUCAGCCUGGUCUGAUUGUCCCAGUACCUGAAGGGAGCAAGGAUGGCCCCAGGGCCCAGUGAAGUCUACCACUCUAGUCCUUACUGCUAAGUGUCCUGCUUAUAUUAGGAAACCCAAAAAGCAGUCUGCCUUCUCAGAUUCAGUCUCAAAGGCCCUGUCCACAUAAGUUAUCACACAUGGCUGCUUCUCCAGUUAUCACAGAACUUAGCAGCCUCCGGACUUUUGUGAGAGUCACUGGUAUCUUUCCUGUUUGGGAAUUCUUGGACCUGGUUUGGGUCUUGCCCUUCCUGGUGACAGUUAUAAUCCUAAUGCCUUUUCUCUUUGAGGAAAGCUAGAGUGAUGCUUCAGUGGCUUGCCUGCGCUUUGGUGGAUUACAGGAUAGUAGAGCCCAGUUGUUGGGGAAAAGGAUGGAGAAAGCUGCUGGCUAAGUGUAGACCAGCUGCGGAGCUGUGGGCACAGUCGGGUCCCUGCACCGAGCUGUAGUUCCCCUUCCCCAGAGACUGUGCCACUCUUGCUCCCGUUCCCACAUAUCCCCCCCGGCUCAGGUUAAACCUAUACCCCUCUGCUUACAGAUCUAAAGUUUAGGUGCUCACUGUCGGCCAUUGGUCUUGAAUUUGCCCUCUCCUUCUAGUGUUGAGAUCCAACUCCAGAACCAUUUUCUAAGGAAGGUGGUUUGGGGCUUGUGGUUGUCACUAAAAAGUCACACCAAUGCUGUUACACUUUAGUGAGUCAGAUGCUAUUCUUCAGCUUAAGAAUGACAACUACCAACCCACAAGUAGGCAAGGGGCAGGACCCUUGUCACUUAGCCAGCUGACUCCAUCAUGAAACUAUUCUCCUACAGUUCAAAGAAAAGCCACCCGCCCCCCGCACGCGCCCCCCAUCCUUAUCCAAAGGGCAAAGCACUUUAGUAGGACCUAUUUUAUACAUCUCAAGCAAUAGUUGAGUCCCUGACAUUGGGGCCAGAUUUUUCUUGUGAGACAUACACAUCCUGCUUUUCCCAACUGCGCCUCUAAAAUCUUACACUUCAGAUCUGGGACCUGUACCAGAUGGAAGAUUCUCUUUUGAUCUUCUGGCUGCUGCUUAAAGCCAGUUUUCUCCAAGGACUUCAAAGGUGAAGUCUCCCAGGGCACAACAUGAGGACAGAUUUCUCAUCAGAUAAAGUGGCCUCUAGGAGCUUUCCUUUGUUGGUGUCUUCCUCAGACCAUAUUUUCCCAUUAUUUCCCUCUAACCUACCCUUUCAGCCAGCAGGUAAGAUUCUUCCAGCCCACAGGGGCAGUAAUACCACCUUCUCUGUCUCCUCCUCUCCUUUGGCCCUCUUGGGAAGCAAAACAUUAUUUCUGUGGCCCAGCCUUGACAGCCACUCUUUGUGGGCAGCCCCCACUUGGACUCUAGACCCUGGCCUUGGUGAAGUCGAAGGCCACUUUUUGGUGGAUUUCUGAAUGGAUGUUGUAGGGAUGAAGGGGCUCCCCAGCCUGUCGUAGGGAAUAGCCUGAAAAGACCUGUUUUUAGAAUCUCCCUAUGUUGGCACAUGGCUGGUCUAUCCAUUUUAAGAUCUCUGGUGGAGGUGGAGGUAUCUAGGUGUGGAUUAGAGGACAAGGAGCCGCCUUCUUAGCUCAAGUGUUCUAGUACUGUUUGGAACAGUGCCAGCUUUUCUUUAUUGCCAGCCCCUCUGGUUAUCCAACCCCCUACAUCUUCUCUAGUACUAAUAAAGUCUCUAGUCUCAGAAACCUGCCUUCAGUUCUGAGCUAUCCCCAGUGACUGACUGCCUCACCUUGGUGUUGGCUACAGCCUUCCGGUAGAACCACAUGGGUUCCACUUUCAGCUGGCCAGCCUAGUUACUUGGGGCACUGUGUACAAAUGACCCUUCGGAGGAGCAAGCAUUGAUGACCUCAGCUUUCAGGAACCCUUGCUGUCCGCUCCCCCCACCCCCACCCCUUACCUAGAACCCUUAGACCUACUCCUACUCUUUGCCCUGGAAGCCACUUUCCCGGAGCCCUGUUUUUUGGAGCUAAACUGCACAGAUUAUAGCUGCUACUGUACUUGGUCAAGGAAGAGCAAAAGAAGGCUCUCAGGCACACUCUAUUUCUCUCAAGCCACACCAGUUUAAAAUGAAAACCGUCUUAGCAGAAUGAACUGCUGGAUUUCCAUUUUCUCAUGUCUACUACCUGCCUUUCCUCUACAUCCUAGAGUUACCCAUUCUAGCAGACUAGAAGGGAAGGAGAUGAACACCUAACAGUACUUACUCCUCUUCCCACAGUGUCCUUUGGAGGCCUCAGCUCAUUUGUUCUGGCCACAUCUCCUCCCUGAGACUCAUUCAGCUUGGUAUCCAUCAUCUCUGACUCCUCAGUAGAUUCAUCUUGUGAGCUCAGAUUCUGGAGUUUGAGUUGAAGGCAGGGAGCUGUAAGGAGAACAGGCUGGCUGGAGGCCUCAGGACUGUGUGUGCCUCCCUGGAAGAGGGAAGGGUGCAAGGCUCAGUGUGCUGAACCAUAGGAAGUGUUCAUAACCAGCAGCAACAUCUUCCAGGUAGGACUAUCCUAGAAGCGAGUGCGUGAGACUUGAGAAUUUGCUCAGAGUAGGUUUCUUCCACAGCCGUUUAGGAUUUCACAUUGUAGACCAAUCUUGUCCAGUAUUUUUUCUGUUUUAACUUUUGAAUUCUUUUGUUAAGCCAGCAAGCUGACAAUUUGGCCCUGCGGGGAUCCAUGUGGUAGACACUAGCUGCUCUUUGGCCAAGGCCUUCAUAAAUGAUUCAGUCAUCCCACUGUCUACCCCCUAGCCCCACCCCCACACUAAGACCACGAUAAGGGAAGAAUUUGAAGUCCAUACCAAUCAAGUCUGUGAAUUAAAGCUGUUAUUUUUCCUCUGAGAUGGCAUUUUGCAUCAGGCCUGGGGUAUGUGUAGAACCAAAACUAGGUGUGGGAGUCAGCAUUAACUUUUGGGUUGGGCCCAGAGCAUCCAGGAAAAGGUUUGUGUAGUGUGUUACAGAGGUCUCCAGUGGGUCUGGGCCUACUGUGCUACUUCUGGGCCAGCCUGACUGCUGAUGUUCACAUUAGCACAUACCUGAACGGCCAGACUUGCUCCCCUGUGUAGGUUAGAUUUUCAGCCCUUGGGUUUGGGGAGAGAGAACUCUGCCAUGCCUUGGGGGCAGUGAAGGAAGUCAAAGCUCAGAUCCAGAGACUGGCUGGGAACCUCCGACUCAGGAUGUCUUUAAUGAGUCCACCUCUACAAGAACUCUCAGGCCCUGGAGCUAGGUACUGUCUCUUUCAGCCAGCUUCUGUGGGAACUGUCUGACUGAACCACUGAAGAAGCAUGGGGGGUGGGAAGGCGGUAUGAGGUCCCAGCCACCCAAGACAGACUGGAUGUCCUUCAAAAACAGCUUGGGUUCCCAGCUAAAGACCCUAGGAAGCUGAAUCAAAACUUUUUCCUCACUGGUUUAUUCUUUCCAAAUUCAUUUGCUUUUAGUUUUCCAAAAACUAUAAACUCUGGCUGUUUUCCAUGUUCUCAGGGCCCCUGGGUAGACAGACAAAGCUUGAUGAUUUCAGAGCAGACAUAGGCCAAGAAGCCGUGGCAUUGAGUGUGCUGAGUCCAGACAAAUGAUAUUUAUAUACACAUCCAAAUUUGAAGAGAAAAUGUAUUUCUUUAGGUUUCAAACACUGUACUAGAUAUAAAGCAAAAAUAAAAACCUGUUGCAAAGUUCUAAA